AUGGUCAGAAUAAAGCAUAGAUAUAUCCUUUUUGAAGUGUUAUAUCCACCUUCAAACCCUAAUCAUGAAGAAUUUGUGAAAUUCUCAGAGACCCAAGAGGAUGCUCUUUUAACCUUACAUCAAGCAUCGCCUUCAUCGAUAAAUGCUAGACUCAUAAUCUCAACCAUUAGAAAAUCAAUACAAGAGCAUUACGGUGAACAUGGAGUUGGGGCAGCUGGUUUACUGAUAAAUAUGAAGUAUUGGAGCAAUAAGACAUCAACGGGUAUAAUACGAUGUGAUCGAGAAUCCUUUCAAAUAGUGGUGGGAGCUAUCACUUUAAUCAAUAGAUUUGAAAGUAAUCCUGUCAUAAUACGAUGUACUCAUAUCAGUGGUACCAUACAUAAAUGUGAAGAAUAUUCUAUUCGAAGAUCAAAGGAACUAAUUAGACUCAUAAAUAAUAGCGCUUUACGUACCAAGGGUAAACAAUCAUCUCAAUUUUUGCUAUCAUUAGAGGAGAGUACUAGUCUUAAAAUUUCUGACGACGACCGUAUUGAAAUUGAUGGUUAA